CUUAUCAAUGCUGUUCAUCACAACUGAAGCUGAAGAUUCCUAGAGUUUCCUAUGCUUUUUCGAGGGGAAACUGUUGGUUUGCAGGCCGUAGCAUCUGAAUAUUGACAGAACGCGAAAUUAUGUACAUGGAAGCGCCCUGUUUGCUGCCGGCAGUGAUUGCUGUAGGUGAUUGUCAUAAUCCAACAGAAACCACGAAAACGAGUGCCAUUUCGGAAGCGGUGACGUCACGAGAGCUCUGUGGCCACCAAUGGCAGCCUCAUUUGCGACAGCAAUCUGCCAUCUACCAUGUGCGUAAGAGUCUCAUUCACUCGAAAUCGAACAAGUCACGUGGUGGCCAGCCCUUAGGCUCGGGCAAUCCACUCCCCGAAGAUGUCGACCCCGGACAUGAUGGCCACGGGGUUUCGCCUAGGAGGACCUACUCGCUCCCUCGCCGGCCCCGGGUGUUGGAGGUUAGGAGCACCGCUACGUAUUUAAGAGCCAUGGCGGCAGAGUGGCAGAAACAGAUAGAGGACUGCUAA